AACCUCAACUAUGCUCCAAUGAUUAUGUAAACGAGUUACAUAAUCAUGUAGAUUCCAACUAAAUAUUCAAAGGUCUUUUAUUUUCCGUUUGCAAACUUAUGGUUGACAUAUUUUCCUCUAGGAAGAUGGCAACUUCUGAGAAGGCCCCCUCGUCUGAACAGCAGGUCCGACUCAUAACAUGGUACAUACCCCGCUCUACUUCCACCGUUCUGUCCAGAUGCCUUAGCUCCGUCGUAGACACGAAGGUUUUCCUGGAAAUGUUUGGAAACGUCUCGCUACUGCAUGCGGAGAAAACAGAAGACGGAGCACCUAACGUCUCUAAAACCGAGCAGGGCUUGAACGCAUUCAUGGAGGAAGCCUCGAAGGUGACAGGCAUAUCGGCAGGGAUUGAUGCGUCCCAGGGCACCUACCAAUGGGUCAAGGAGCAAUUUGAAGAAGCCCAUCCUGGCAAGAGGUUCAUCUUCGCCAAGGAUGUAGCAUAUGCCAUCACGGGCCACCUGGAGUGCAUCCCAAAGGGUUACCGUCACCUCUUCCUCAUCCGUCACCCCCUUAAAGUCUUCGUGUCUAUGAAGAAGUUGCUCCUGCAGUCAUUGAAGGAUGUGUCUCCGGAGGAGGUACGCCUAGAUGAGAUGCCUCUGAACUACCUCCCGAAAGGUUUCGGCUACAAGGAGACCUUGGAGCUGUUUGAGCACAUCAAGAAGGAGAUCGACCCAGAAGCGAUGAUCGUCGACUCUGAUGACCUUCUUCAAGAUCCUAAAGGAAUCCUGUCAGCAGUCCUCAAAGACAUCGGGCUGCCCUUUGAUGAGAAGAUGCUACACUGGGAGUCUGGGGAUACAGUCAACAAGGAUUGGGUCAUACCUCGUGAGAUGUUACAAGCAAACACUAUGGCAAAUUUCUACAAGAAUGCACUGGAUAGUACCAGCUUUCUGAAGCCAAAGGCUCUUCCGGAUCGCGCAUCCAUUGCCCCUGACAUCCUUCGUGUAGUAGAUGCCUCCAUGCCGUACUACGAGAAAAUGUACAGCCAGCGCUUAUCGGCAUAGUCUUUGAUAAUGACGAAGGGGCCUUUUAAGAGAUAACAACACAAUAAGCCCAGAGCUGAUCCCACAGCUCAUACUAAAUUGUAUUCACUUGAUGCAGAAUGAUUAAGAAGUUUGUAUAGUACAAGCUGAAGCACUAAAGUAACGAUGAUUGUACUUCUUAUGGGAAGCGUCUUUUAGGAGGCACCGUAUUUGGAACAUUGCCCAACUUCUUUUAUGAAUGUAUAACGUGCGGUGUAUGUACACGCGAAAUCGUCCUUUUCCAGUCUGUACACGGCAAAGUGUGAGUAUCGUGUAGAUCGAUUUGUGCACGAAAACUAACCUUUUUACUUAGGAAGACCAGAUUUUGUAAUUGAUGUACACUCAUUUCAUUGUGUAUAUCCCUGUCACUAUAAUGGUGAAAGUUUCAGUUUUUAGUAUGUCACUAAAAGGAGUGAUGUAGAGGUGAAUUUGUACCAUCUUAAUCCGAAAAGUUUCACGUGCUGAUCAUGUAGCUCUAAACUGUUUCGCGUUUACUUGGCGGCUGCUUUAU